UCUUUGAUUUUUCCUUAUUCUUACUUUUACUGUUUUCUUUUUUUCGUUCUGGUCAUGGGAUUCAUGAAGUAAUUUAUUUUUACUUUAAUGAGAUUUUAAUGUUAAGAUUUGAAAUUGGGGUUUUAAGAAUACAAUUUGCCCAAACAACUAAAAGGCACACGGGAUAGUUUUUGAGUACAAGAGGAAACGGGUGAAGGUUGUAAAGAAGUUGCUUCAUACUGAUCUGUGGGCGGCUCAUAUUGAGAGGACAGGAAGACUUAUUUAUUGGAAAAUAUAAUUGAAGGUUUUAGGAUUCUGUCGAUAUUACAGGUUCAUCAGCUGCACUUGAAAGAUAAUACUUUUCUAUGGAUAAAUUUUGGAUUAGAAAGCCAAGGAACACCACUGAGUAUUUGUUUGGUUUAAAUCAGUUUUUAGAUUUUGCAUUUGCUAGUGCUGUUGUAGAAGAUAGAAUAAAAUGUCCUUGUCCUAAAUAUGGAUUCACAAAGUGGCAGGCUAGAGAUGUAGCAUUCGAUCAUUUGAUAUGCAAACCAUUCCCUCAAAAUUAUGUCACUUGGAGUAUUCAUGGUGAAAGAAAUAUACUGCCUAAUUCUAUAAAUAUUAAGGUUAUACAAGAUAUAUUACCUCCUGAAGAUCCUGUAGAAUUAUUGAUCAAUGAAGCAUUUGGGGGCCUAAGGCACGAUGGGGUUGAUGUAGGUCCGUCACAAGUAGCAGGUGGUGAAGAAAAGUUAAAUGAUGAGUCUGCUUCAAAUGACAAAGACUUUUUUGAAUUGCUUAGAGAUGGAAGUCAAGAAUUGUAUGAAGGGUCCAAGUACUCAAAAUUAGAAUUUUUAUUAAAAUUGUAUCACAUAAAGUGUUUGUCUGGGCUAAGUGACAAGGGAAUGUCGACGAUACUAGAUUUGUUGAGGGACGCAUUUAUAUUUGCACGGAUUCCUAAUUCUUUUUAUGAGGCUAAGAAAACCAUCAGUAAGCUUUGUCUUGAUUAUAUCAUGAUAGAUGCUUGUCCAAAUGAUUGCAUGUUGUUUUGGGGGAAUGAUGCUAAUGAGAAAACAUAUAAGUAUUGUCACACUUCUAGGUGGAAGCCUAACAAGAAGAGAAAUGAAGAUCUUGUGUCUGCUACAGGUAAGAAGAAAACCAAGAAGAAAACCAAGAAGCCUGCAAAGAUUUUGCAUUACUUUCCAUUAAAACUAAGGUUGCAGAGAUUGUUCAUGUGCUCUAAAAUAGCAAACUAUAUGAGAUGGCAUGCUGAGCAUAGUAACAAAGAUGGAAUCAUGAGGCAUCCUAGAGAUGGUGAGGCAUGGAAGAAGUUUUAUACAACUUUUCCUGAAUUUGCUUUUGAUUCUCGGAAUGAUCGGCUAGGCCUAGCUAGUGAUGGCUUCAAUCCUUUUGGCACGAUGAGUACUAAUUAUAGAAUUUGGCCAGUCAUUUUAGUUCCAUACAACCUUCCUCCUUGGUUGUGUAUGAAACAACCCAAUUUUAUUCUUUCAAUGAUCAUGCGUGGUCCACGUACGGCGGAAAAUAACAUAGAUGUUUACCUACAAUCCCUUAUUAAGGAGUUGAAUGAGUUGUGGAGUGAAGGUGUCGAAACUUUUGAUUCAUCAAAGAAAGAGAUGUUUAAAUUGCGAGAUGCUCUUACGUGGACAAUUAAUAGCUUUCCUGGACUCGAUAUCUUAUCUGGUUGGAACUCACAUACUGGUUUAGCAUGUCACACUUGUAAUUUUGAUGCAGAACCUUGUCGGUUUCGCCAUAGUAGAAAGUGGUGCUUUAUUGGUCAUUGCAGAAUUUUAGCAAGAAAUCAUAAAUUUAGACUGAUGAGGCAUCGCUUUGAUGGAAAUGUGGAGGAAAGAAAUCUACCAAAAAAGUUAUCCGGAUCUGAUAUUUUGCAACAAGUGAAAGAUAUUGAUGUUACAUUUGGAAAACCGGCUAAGUUGAAUGAGAGAAGAAAAUGAUCUAGACAAAGAAAUAUUGGGCAAGGUGCAACGCAACAAUGGAGGAAAAAAAGCAUAUUCUUUAAUCUUACAUAUUAGGAGUUCAACUCGUUGCGCCACAAUUUAAACGUCAUGCACAUCCAAAAGAAUGUGCUUGACAAUAUUAUAUAUUCUUUGCUUAAUGAUAAAGACAAGUCAAAAGAUAAUAUUAAGGCACGGAAAGAUCUGCAAGAUAUGGGUAUAAGGCAUGAUCUUUGGCCUGAUGAGAAUAAUAAGUGUCAGCUUGUUAUGUUUACCAUUCCAAAGGAAAAGAAAGUGGCCUUCCUCACAACUUUAAAGAAUAUUUCAUUGUCGGAUGGUUACUCGAGUAAUAUUUCAGGCAACAUCACUACCAACUCCUUCAUUUCAAGCCAUAAGACGACCAACUCUUUCAUUUCAGGCCACAAGACAGCAAGCUCUUUCAUUUCAGGCCAUGGGGCAGACAACUCCUUCCAUUCAGCCGACUCCUUCAUUUCAGGAGACAUCACUACCAACUCCUUCAUUUCAAGCCACAAGACAGCAAACCGCUUCAUUUCAGGCGACAACACCGCCGACUCCUUCAUUUCAGGCCACGGGACAGACAACUCUUUCAUUUCAUGCCACGGGACAGACAACUCCUUCAUUUCAACCUCCAGUUAAUCCCACACCAGCACAAGCAACAUCCAAUAAGCGUGCUAAACGUGAGUCUUCACAUCAUUGGACUGUCGAUGGAAUAGAUUCACAUGGAGAUACCAAAAGGUUCAAAUUGAAGACUAGAGAUGCAUUGAGUUUACCUCGGGGAGAAUGUGUUGUGGUGGAGUUUGAUUGCUUGGAUCAGAUUGGCGAAGCACAAGGCCUUCUUGCAGGCGUAUGUGGCCUUUUAGAAACUAACUGUACCAUAUUUCCAAUUAGCUUUGAUAAAUGGUAGGAUAUGCCUAAGUCAUACUUUAGCGACUGCUUUAAUAAUGUUAUAAAGGUAUAAGUUCUAUAUCUUUAUAACUAUAUCUCUAUUUUGUCUUUUGUUUUUAUAUUUGUAUAUAAAAGACAAAUUAACCAAAAUUUAUUUUUGAAUCCUCAUUUCUGUUUUAUGACCAUUGAGGAAGUUGCACGAGAAUAUGUUUAUCGCUCUAUUGCAAAGAAGUGGGCUGCAAGUAGGAAAAAGUUGUGGCAUGAGUUUAAAGACCCACUUAAAAUCAAAGAUGAGAUUAUGGAUAAUGUUCAGGUAGGUAUUACUCAGGGUCAAUGGACUUCCUUUGUGAACUACCAUUAUAAAGAAGAAACUCAGGUAUUUUUCUGAAACGUCACAUUGAAAUGCAUAAAAAUAUGAUUAUUCAUUUAUAUAAUUGACUGAAAUAUAUCUUAUUGUUAGAACAUGUGUAAAAGAAAUGCUGAAAAUCGAAAAAAACAAACAGUUCCACACACCGGUGGCUCCAAACCUGAUUCUAGAAGGACUGAAAUGGUGAAAGAUGACACAUUAUUUACCUUACUUUACUAUUUAAAUUUUAGAUAUUGUAUCUAUUUCUCUUACUUUAAUUAAACUAUUCUGACUUAUUUUUAUUUUCAUAUAUAGAUGGCUGAGACAGGGAGAAAUCCUGGACGAGCACAAUUUUAUCUUGCUACACAUACGAAAAAUGAUGGAUCAUAUGUAAAUGAUGAGGCAAAGAAAUAUGUGUUAGUUACAUUCAUGAUUAUUAUAAAUACAAAUAAUUUUCAUGGAAUGAUUUAUAUUC